AUGCUCAGCCGGAUUACAAGCUUCUUUUCGCCUGCCCAAGGACAGAAGAGAAGCCAUGCGGAAUUUGAGCAAAACACAGCAGCGGGAGCUGAGGAUGAUCGGGACGAACUCAUGCCCGACUACAUAGCUGAAACUAGAAAGCCAACAGCUCCCCGGAAGCCGAUCAGUGCGCUAAAGCCAACGCCUGCGCGAAAGCGAGCACCUACGCGUACGCCAGCACCUACCCGAAAGCCAGCGCCUGCUCGAAGACUCGAUCCCGCCCGCAAGUUAAAAACAACGGGCAAACCUGCGACACCCCGCAAACCUUUAGACAAUGUACGGGUCACUUCGCAGAGGGCCAACGCGACCGUUCUUCCGCCAAAACGAAUGAUCUUGAGCCAUGUUGAGAUCCCUGUCAUAAAGAAGCGCAUGAACCCACUCCCCACACCCAGAUCUGCUACCUCUACAGCUGCUCCCGCGAUCACCGCCACAGAAAACGACCUCGAAGAUUCAUCACCCGCACGACCCCGCCGCAAGAGGGCUCGUGUUUCGUACGUGGAAACGUGGAAUAUCCCAGUAUCAGACGAUUCUAGCAACGAGGUUGAUGACGAAGAGAGUGAUUCUGCGUCGACAUUCUCUAGAGAAGAAGAGAUGGAACUAGACGAAAGUAGCGACUACGAGGAAGACUCUGCUCACUCUGACGAGAGUUCGGAAGACAUGAUUGAGGACCCAGGGGAGGAAGAUGUUGACGUUGACGUUGAUGACGCCGCAUCUGUGAACGAGGAUGGUGCACCAGUCACGAAAUCGAAGGGCAAAGCAACAUUUCCUAAGCUUGUGGAAAUAUCUCAGAGGAACGGAAUCGAUAGGAGCUUGCCUCCCAUAUCCGAUAUCAAGGAAAUAUUCAAGAAGAUUGCUCAAAGAGCAUUGGAGCUUGGACUAAAGGAAUGUCUCGGUCCACUCCAAAGCCGGUUUUUGAAUGUCGCAACCAUGUGCUCGGGAACCGAAAGUCCUAUCUUGGCAUUGCAGUCGAUAAACGACGCUCUGGAAGAGCUAGGACAACCCACCCUGCCCUUCAAACAUUGCUUCAGUGCGGAAAGUGAGCCUUUCAAACAAGCAUACAUUGAGAGGAACUUCGAUAUCGAUAUCAUCUUUCGAGACAUCGAAGAAUUUACGAUUGAUGGCAAAGCCGCAACCAAAGCGUACACCGCAUACGGCGCUUUAGUCCCAAUUCCGAAAGAUAUCGACCUUUUGAUCGCCGGCUUUGUGUGUAAGGAUAGAUCCAUGCUCAAUGCUAAGAAGAAAAAGGUCAAUCAGAAAGGCCAGACACUCAAUACGUUCAACGCGAUCCUCGCAUACGCCAAAGCUCACCGGCCUUCCAUCGUCAUCCUCGAAAAUAUUAUGGGUGACCGGAAGGACUGGGAGGAAUACAAGAAACGCUACGAGAAUGAAGGUUUCGAGUGCAGCUUCGAUAAUCAAUUCGACAACAAGAACUAUUAUUUGCCUCAGACUAGAAACCGAGGCUAUAUGAUAUGCCUGGAUCGCAACAAGUUCGGCAAGGGAGUGAAGGAAGCUGUGACCAGGUGGCUCGAUUUAGCGAAGAAAUUUGAACGAAAAGCGAGUAGUCCACUCACAGAGUUCGUACUACCGGCCGACGAUCCCCGCGUCCAGCAAGCUCGCAAAGAAUAUCUGGCAAGGAACAUUAAUCAGGCAGGCAAAAAGGCUGAUUGGGAGGUAUGUCGCGGCCGGGCUGAAACUGAACGAAGUCAUUACAAGCUCGGAGAGCAACGCCCCUUCACCAAUUGGGUGAAUGGAGGUUCCUGUGUUGCUCCGGACUAUGUUGACGGACCAUGGCUCAAGCGUCAAGUGGAACGGGUCUGGGACUGCCUUGAUGUCCAUCUCCUCAGAAACGCAACUCCUCAGAGAGGCUCUUUCGACUCACGCUACAAGAUGCGCGUCUGGAAUCUGUCACAGAACUGCGAUAGAUUCAAGGACACUCAGCCAUUUGGAAUAGCGCCAUGUCUCACACCUACUGGAAUUCCGUUCAUGACAGACCGAGGUGCCAGAGCUACUGGCUACGAUUUCUUGCUACUGCAGGGUAUACCCAUUGACAAGAUCCUCUUCACCACCGAGACAGAUGAACAAAUACAGGACCUGGGAGGAAACAGUAUGGGUUCUACCGUCGUGGGCGUUGUAACGCUCUCGGCUCUAAUUGUUGCGUUCAAAUCUCUUCCAAUUAAAGAGCGUCACACCACUCCUCAACUGAACACCCGGCUUUCUCAUCCCGCAUACCCAACAACAGGCCUUGAGUUACUUGAAAACCGUUCACUGCAAGAGCACCUCCAUACCAAAGUCGAUGAUAUAGAGCGCUUGAAAUCGGAUGCACUCUCAAGUCGAAGUAUGUGCUUUUGUGAGGGGCAAGGGCCAUCGGUGUGCAAUCUAAUCCAACACUGUGAGUCUUGCAGACACACCGCCUGUACUCUCUGCGCUGGCAGCCCAGUACACGAAUAUGGGCCUACCCAUACUAGCAUGAGCACGCGCAUGCGCCCACAGGAUUUUCGACAUAAAUGGGAAGCUGCCUUUCCUACUAGAGUAACACUCGAGAAGCCGAAAGACUUUGGAAGCAUCCGGAAACUAUGGAGAGGGACAAAACCAGCCUUAUCUCAGGAUUAUGCGAAUAUUGUCACUAGCAUCUUUGACAAAGAACUACUAUUACAACCCUUCACUCGAUCCCGUUCUUGGAAAGUGCGAUACGACUCUCCCGCGGCCCGACUCGAGCUCAUCCUCGCGGAGACUCCCGAGUGGAGGCUCUAUGCAAAGGCGUCAUCAUCCGAGAACAUGGAUGAAAGCACUAGGGCGGCAUUUGAGCAUCCUAUAGCUCGUUCAGUCAUUACAGAUGGUAGACUUCUCCCUACUUCUUGGGAACCUUUCGUUCCUCAGGGACAGAAAUUCAAGAUUACGAGUCAACGCUCCGGAGAAUUACGACCGUCAUGGCGUGCAACAUUAGGUCUACCUGAGUUCAAAGAAGAAAAGAUGGCCACCGAACUGAUCAUCGGCUCACAAAAAGGAGGACUCUCGGGCUUCGACUUCUCUGGGACAUACACUCUGCGUCCCAAGUGCGGCACAGCAAAAGGCUACCUUUUCAGGAGAGUGCUGCCUCCCACUAGAAGCGGUGGGCAAGACGACGUUUUUCUUUUCCUCGAUCCUUCACCGCUCGGAGAUCCUCGAAAUGACUGCUUUGUAUUCAGCAAAGAUCAUGGCAGAUUACCAUGGGGAGAGCAGCGAGAAGUUAUAGCUCGCUUGGACCCCGUCUGGGAGCCUCUGGUGGACAAUAAAUCAAAGCAAGAUAUCGCGAAAGUAGAGCACAUUACCGCGACUGUGGACGGGGAAUGGAGAAGCGACUCAUCCUUCUCUGCGACUGUCUUGCCCGUUCACACCAAAAUAUCUCUUCGGUCUCCCUUUCCGACGAAGCCAUGGGCUGGAUUGGCAAUAGCAAGGGGUUGUUCGACUUUGGCGACGCUCCUGGAAUGCAAGUUCGAUCUCCCUAGUCACAUCAAUAGCCAAUGGGCUAGCCGCAAACAUAUUGGCCUCAGAGACAAGUCUUUCUUCGACUCAUUCUCUUUUGUUCUUAGGAGAAUACAGAGCAUGCCGUCUUUGAACAAGUGGGAAAGUCUGGCAAUGCCUUCAGACGAGCACUGUGAAACAUGUGCACCAGCCACCCCUACUAUUUUGUGGCAAUUGAACCCGAAAUCGAAACGGGGCGCUCCUGUUGUGGUACCUUACGAGCAUCCCUUGGAUGCUAUAGGCUUCGAGAAGAUGCUCAAAGAACGACCUGCACCGUUCAGGAUCGAACUUGAUGUUGGUACCCAUGGCGGCAAAAUCACCAUCAGUCACAACGUUCAGACUAUGGUUCAUCGUGCUGUCGCUAGGCUUGCCGGCGUCGGGGAUUCCCCAAGGGUGUCUUGGAAACUCAUCACCGAUGCAUACGCUUCCGCAAUGCACACGUUCCCACGUUUCACCUUGAAAGAUAACGACGAGGACGACCCUGAGGCUACUCCGGAUGGGAUGAAAAAGCCACUUUUCGAGAAACAGGAACGUUCGCUAGCUUGGAUGAUCAGACAAGAAGACGAUGCUGCACCGCCUUUUACACUCCGCGAAGUCGAGGAAGCAGCGCUCCCACAUCUGAACUGGAGAGCCGAAGUCAAGGCUGAGAAAAAUAUCCGCAUCAGAGGCGGCGUAUUGGCAGAUAAGGUUGGAUUCGGCAAAACUAUCCUGAUCCUCGGACUGGCCCAGUCCGAAUUUGACAAGAAAUCAGAUGAGGAAAUCAUUCGGGAAAACUCGCUGGCAAAAGGAAAGGGCCCAAGCCUCAUUAACAUAUCCGCUACGCUUGUCGUUGCCUCCGGUAAUAUUACGAAGCAAUGGAGAAGCGAAAUCAUAACAUUCCUAGGAAAGAAGUAUGAUGGAAAAGAGACUCUGUUGAUUGAAAACGCGAAGCAGCUCGAAAAGCUCUCUGUGGAAGACUUCACAUGCGCGAAAUUCAUUAUUGUGCAAUGGAGAGUUCUAUUCGAUGCAAAAUACGUGUCGAGACUGUCGCACUUGACGGCGAUGCCAGAGCCGCUCACUACAAACGGGAGAGUCUUCGCUUCUUGGCUGGAUCAAGCCAUAUCCCAGCUCCCUACUAACCUUCAAACCCUGAAGCGCGAAGGGAUCCGCACAUUCGAGGAAGAUAUUCAACGUCAAUACGAACGAAAUCUCGCUAACCCUAAGCUUCACAAGGAGGUAGGUUCCAAGCAGUUACAGGCUUCUACAGGAUCCCGAUCAUCGAAGAGCGUGCAGGAGGGAAACGAGUUAGCUGAUUUGAAAUGGCCAGUCUUGCAGCUCUUCAGAUACAAUCGCAUUGUUGUCGAUGAAUACCCAUAUUUACAAGCGGAGAAAGGAGGACGAGGUAAAGACAACAGCAUCGGAGCCUACUUAUCGAUCACAAGACUUCAACGCGAGAAGAUGUGGAUUCUCUCUGGCACACCGGAUCUUGAUGACUUCAGCGAUGUGAAGCGCUUAGCGGCCUUCUUCCAGAUCAAUCUAGGCGCCGACACGAAAGCUCCUAGUGUCGUUACACGCCGUAACUUGCGAAAGAUUGCGGAAGACCGCAGUAAGACAGAAGAGUUCCUGAGCUUUCGAGAGAGCAGAUCUAAUGAGUGGCACCAACGCCGCCAUGAAUAUGCACAGGGCUUCUUAGACAGAUUCGCUCGACAAAAUAAGCCUGACAUCAAGAACAUUCCAUAUCAGGAGCAUCUCAGCCUAUCGAAUUUGAACCUUACUCAUCGGAUACUCUAUACGGAAUUGAUGUAUCAUUUUGGAUCCAACUCCAUGAUGAUGCCAAGUAUUACGGAGGCAGAACACUCCGACAGGAACUCACGCAUCAAUCGUUCUAUUGCCGGUUCUAGAAGCCCAGAAGGAGCUCUCCUUAAGAGCAGCUGUUUUAUCGACGAUGUUGGAGAUCUACCCACCAUUCGGCAGCGAGAAUUGGACGAUUCGGGACCACAGUUGGAGGCUAAGAUUGUGGAGGCCGAGAAACUGAAGAGGAUUUGUGGCAGCGCCGACACCCAUUACGGCAACUGGAGGGCCUCCAGGCUCUCGCAACGUGAUAUAUUUGGCGAUCCCAUGGUAUCAGCCGAAGUUCAGAGCUUCAUCAAAAAUGCACAAAGCCAAGCGCCCAGUCACCAUGACAGUCACUCUCCGACAAAUAAAGACAUGCCUCUGCUACGAAAACUGGACGGCCAGAUUCGCACAAUGGAACGGAUAUUCCUCUCCAACUCGAGAUCUGUUCGAUAUGCGAAAGCUCUCCACCGUCUUCACCGAGCCAGAACUGAUGACAAGCUCUCGAUCAGGUGUGAUAAGUGCCGGAUACCCAUCCGCAACACCUCUGAUCUAUUCGUUAUCCCAAACUGCGGUCAUUUUUCUUGCGGCAGAUGUCUACACGUCGACAUUACCUCAGAUAUCUGUGUAGUCGAAGGUUGCGAUACCAGCUUAGCGGCUUCUCAGCCUAUCGGUGUCGACAUCUUCCAGCAUGUAGACACGCUACCUGAAAAACCCUCAACCGCAAAGUUGGAAAAGCUGUUCAGCUUCCUCCAUAUCAUCAAAACCGAUCAAGUGUUGCUCUUUGUUCCGGAUUACGAGCUUUUGGGACAGAUAGACACCGAACUCGCCGUUCGAGGAAUCCGGCAUUUGGCCAUUAAGAAGAAUGACGCCGAUCCGGGAUCUAUCAUCACUACCUUUCAAGGUGAAACUCAAUAUCGAGUACUCGUGCUAAACAUUUUUGAUGUAAAUGCUGCUGGAGUGAACCUUCAAUGCGCUAACCAUGUGAUGUUUCUUUCCCCAUUACUGGCACCGUCCCAGCACGAAUACGAGGCCAAGAUGGAACAGGCCAUUGGUCGUGUACGAAGAUACGGUCAGAAGAAAGCUGUCCAUAUCUAUCAUUUCGCGAAUCUGCAUACCAUAGACGUGGAUGCCAUCCAGCGUCAUCACCGGCGAUCUGACCAACUAGUCGGAUUACUAAGAGAGCCGGAGCUGGAGCCGAAAGUGACCAUGGCAAAGACGAAGGGCAAAGGAAAGGCUUCGUCAAAGAAGGAGGACUCCCUAGAAGGACCUCCGAUUCCGGCAGAACCUACACAGCUUGUUACGAACAAGGAAGGGGAAAUAGUUCUGGUUCCAGUGUCCUGGCUUACUGAUUGUGCGAAGGCUGAGGCGGGGAAUAUCGAUCCUGACAGCACAAGCGGUUUCUCUACACUGACAAUGUUCUCCGAGACGUACGGCGCCCUAGAGGAGUUCUAGAGCCGCUUCUGUCAUAUGCGACGGCCAGAAUGGGUGGCCGGAAAGGAAGUGUGUUACGCUGGUAAUUUCGGGUUACUGUUCCACGAUCCAUUCGGAUCUAGGCCUUCCAUGCCACCAUCCGGGACAAACAUACACCCGGUUUGUCUCAACGUGGUCCUUUUAUUUUCCAGCAUUGCUCCUUCACAGGCGUUUUCGGCGUUGCUUCAUUUCAUUUGUCGCUUAGAUUAGCAUUUGGUACUGGAGCAAUCGAGGUAGCGCGGCCAAGCUAGCACGCAAGCAAACUUGCCCUCGUGUACCUCGGGGUCUUUAAUUGCAUAUCUCUCAUCGC